GCUACUUCGUCAAACUCAAAGUACUUCACCAAUAUAUAUCGAGUAUUCGGUAUACGUUGAACAGGCCGUCAGAUACGCCAUAUAGUUUGUUGGGUAAGCAACUAUCCGAUUAACUGGGGGAUAGAGUCCAAGAUGAAGUUCCAACACGUCCUCAACGCCGGCCUCCUCUCCAUCCUGCCGACGUCGCAAUCCCAACCACCUCCACACACAGCAACUAGCCUGCCGUUCGACAUCACGCCCGCGACGCCCGAGAACACGGCGAACUACACGCCGCCCGUCUUCCCGAUCGCGCCGUUCAACAAGUACGCGCACAACCCGAUCCUGCGGCCCAACCCGGCCGCGAACUGGGAGUCGGCGUACCUGUACAACCCGACGGCGAUCGUGCUCAACGAGACCGUCUUCCUGCUGUACCGGGCGCAGAACGCGUCCAAGACGUCGUCCAUCGGGCUGGCGUGGUCGGCCGACGGCGUCACCUUCACCCGCCUCGACCGCCCCGUCGUGUCCGCGACCGAGCCCUGGGAACACCGCGGCGGGACCGAGGACCCCCGCGUGGUCCGGGUCAACGGCACGUUCUACCUGACGUACACGGCGUACGACGGCGUGACGCCGCGGCUCUGCCUCGCCACGUCGACCGACCUGCUGCACUGGACCAAGUACCCGCCGCUGUUCCCUGGGUACCGGGACGUGGCGUACUCGGACGUCGACGCGCCCUCGCCGCGCACCGACUACUCCAAGUCCGGCGCCAUCGUCCGCGAGCCGACCGCGGACGGGUUGUACCACAUGUACUUCGGCGACAGCUUCUUCUACCACGCCACGUCGCGCGACCUCCUGAACUGGACCGCCCUGCCCUCGGACCAGUACUUCGCCAGCCCCGUCAACCCGUGGGAGAACCGGCUGAUCGAGCCGGGCCCGCCGCCCGUCAAGACGCGCGACGGCAAGUGGCUGCUCAUCUACAACGGCAUGACCACGGGCCGCGUGGGGUAUCCGCAGAACCAGUACUCGGUGGGCCAGAUGCUCCUCGACCCCUCUGGCUCGUUUCGUCCGACCUUGAACGUGAGCGACGGAGUCUACCAGCCCGCAUUGACAGAUGGGCCGGUCGCGAGGCUGGAGAGACCAAUAUUGGUGCCCGAGGCGGACAAUGAGCAGAAGGGCCAGGUGGACCAGGUGGUGUUUGCGGAGGGUCUGGUGCAGUUCAAGGGCAAGUGGUUCCUGUACUUUGGACAGGGAGACAGUGAACUGGGUGUAGCUAUUGCAGAUCAGCAACCUUGAGUGAACCAAUGAUAAAGACUUGUGAAGACUGAGAUUAAGCAAAGACGCUCAUAUUGCAUGCUGUCUGACCAAAACUGUUGAAACAAGCGGCCCGCUUCACAUAGCUUCAACAACAUUUUCACGGAUUCA